UCAUCUCGGAAAUUCUCAUAGCCAGUGGGUCAAUAUUUUUCUCUGUUUUUAGCUGAAUACUCGAUGAGCUGUCGGUUGCUCGAUAAACGAAACAAACCCUUAUGUUUUCGAAAAUGGGCAACGGCAAUGGCAGUCUAUACUAGAGGGGAAACCGAAAAAUAUUUAUAUUGAACUUGAUGGUCGCCCGCUAAAGCUGGUGUUUUCAGCAGAGUGUAGUUCACAGGAUAUCAAAGAUAUGUUGGCCUCUGUUGCAGGAGUAAAUAGGUGGGCUAAUCUAACAGUGAAGAGACAGGAUGGAAGUUAUGUGGUCAUAGAACCAAACAUGCCUUUGAACACACCAAGAAACCCCUACAUCGUUUCUGUUUCAUCGAUUAGCAGUAAAUAUGGAGAUGAAAGUGUGUUAAAAGGUGUAAUCACUCGUAUUGCUGACACCAUUAUAAGCCAUAUCACAGCAGAACAGAUAAAACAGUCAUUUGAAGAAAGAGCUAAUUUGAUAGAAGGAAGAAUUAAAGCCGAGUCAAACAAGUUAAUAGAACUACAACAGCUUCACCAAGAAGUGACUGAGAUACGAGAACAAAUAGGACAAGAUAGGAUCACAUGGAAGGCCAUUCAAGAUAACAAAAACAAGCCCAAGUCUCACAUUAAAGUAGCUCGUCCUGCCGCUAGUUACCCAAAGCAUGAAUGGGAUUCCCAGACUUUGCAAUUCCUCAAGAAACCGAGUUUCAAUAUUUGGCACUGGGAACCAAAUGAGAUGCUGUCGCUGCUCGAACACAUGUAUCACGACCUGGAUCUUGUUCAUGAAUUCAAAAUCAACGUCAACAUUCUCAGGAGAUUCCUUAUGUGCAUCCAGGCUAACUAUCGUAACAAUCCAUUCCACAACUUCCGUCAUUGUUUCUGCGUUACUCAAAUGAUGUAUGGCAUCAUUCACCUAUGUAACUUGAAAGAACUACUAUCAAGCCUCGAUAUUCUCGUCCUACUGACCACGUGUGUAUGUCAUGAUCUUGAUCACCCUGGAUACAACAACACUUACCAAAUCAACGCCAAAACAGAUUUAUCCGUUCGUUAUAACGAUACGUCUCCGCUUGAGAACCAUCACGCAGCCACAGCCUUUGAUAUCUUAUCUCAGCCAGAAUACAAUAUAUUUGGUAACCUGAGUCAAGAACUGUUCACAAAAAUACGACAAGAGAUGAUUAUGUUGAUUCUGGCCACAGACAUGGCUCGCCACAGCGAGAUCGUAGAGAAUUUUAAGAGCAAGCUGUCAUCGUUUGACUUCAGAAACGAGGAUUAUCUUAAUUCGAUGAAGAUGAUUCUAGUCAAGUGUUGCGACAUUUCAAAUGAAGUUCGUCCCAUGGAAGUGUCUGACCCGUGGGUUGACUGUCUACUUGAAGAAUACUUCAUGCAGAGUGAUCGUGAAAAGGCUGAAGGACUUCCUGUAGCGCCCUUCAUGGACCGUGACAAGGUUACCAAGGCAACGGCUCAGAUCGGGUUUAUCAAGUUUGUCUUGAUUCCUUUGUUCGAGUCGCUCAGUAAGCUUUUUCCACAGAUCGAUGGUGUGAUGGUAAAACCACUUCGAGAAGCUUACGAACAUUACGAGAAUAAAAGAGUCGAAGAAGAGAAUCUACGAAGAGCAAGAAACGAACGAAUCAGAUCAAGCGAAGGGCCGAACUCUGUCCGAACAUCAUCUCAAGGUGGAACCACUGAUUCUCCUGUUUGUCCUGCAACACAGCCUGCAGACAAACAAGAAGACAGGAAUAAGGACAACGAAGAUGAAAAACAGGAUAGCGAAAAAAGUGAAAAGUCAAUAAAAAAAUCUGUAGUGGAGGAAGAAAAAUGAAUACCCACUUCAAGCGGCGGAACAGCUUUUGAACAAACAUCACAUCUGUCAGUGUUUACUUGAAUGAUUCUCUUACAAGAAAAUCAAGAAAGGUUUGAAAAAUUCAAGCCACUUUGACGCACAGAAUUGCGAUCAAAAUUCUUUCUAUUCUUCUCGCCGCGUGACGUAAUGUCCACCAUAUUGGAUUUAAAUAAACGUCAACCGUAUACGACAUGUCACAUAUAUUUUUUGUUCCCUUCGACUGUAACUAAGAAUAAAUGCAUAAGAUAUAAAGUUCUAUGUAAAAUAUCUACGCAAAUUUCUUAUAAAGAACACAAUGAUUUAUAAAUUCAUAAUCUAUAGCAAAUGAAUAAAGUUA